GAGCGGUACAUGUCGAAUAGCUUAUUUUUACUACCAUAGUUACAGUUUGUCGUGAACUUCAGCGGGAAAGAAUAGCCUACGGACACCAACUCAGGGGAGGAAACGGUAGAAGUGUUCUCGAAGAGAAAAGCCCAUAAUGCAUUGCUAUGAUAAAGAGAUGAGACAAAAGAAGAAGGGAAAAAAAAACUUUAGAAAUAUACCCAUAUAAUAAACAAUAUGAAAAUACAGAAAAAAAAGGUAAAUCCAAAGUACGUCCUAGGAAGCGGUCGUGCAUUUCUUGCUCCAAACGUCAUCCACCUAGUUGUGAUCUGGUUGUAGUCCGUUUGGGAUUGUCGCGAUGAAACGUACCGCGCUGCUACGUCCAGUUGGAAGAACGUCUCCUUGCUUUGAUUUUCAAUAAAAUGAGUGCUAUGCAAGCCGGUGGGAAGGGGGGUGAAGGUGGAGAGAGACGCAGCGAGAGACGUCCAUGCGUGCUUUAUCUUAGUGGCAGUGACGUGAUAUUGCAGCUCCAGUCCUGAGGCUCGGCAAGCGAGCGCACGAGAAAAGCGGCUUCCCAUCUCAUUCUAUACCGAGUCGGUAUUCGAGCGUCGCCCCUGCCAUCCGUCAAGGAUUUUCGGUCUACCUGCUGCCCUUCUCCACCAGGUCUUCAGGGGAAGCAGGCAACGGCUGGCGAUCAACCGAGAUACGUUUACAUUCGUUUCUUAGAUUGUUGGGUUUUGGGGGGUUUUUUUUGGUCGUUUUUAGUGUACCUCUAACCGUUACUUGGGUUGCUCACACUUGGUUCCGUUUACGCGAAAAAGACGGGAGAUGAGCCAGAUUGGAGUCUAACGCAUUUUUGCCCAUUGACCAUCUUGUUGCACCGGACUUCUGUCGUCGGCAAUGGGAAAUAUUGAUCUGCAAGAUAGGUUCACAUUUUGUCAUUUCUAAAGGAUGUCUUCAAGUAUGUGGGAAAAAUAGCCAUAGCUUCCGGAGUGUAAGAGGAGUCACAUAAUGGACGAGGGUUAACGGCCAAAUGACAUAGGAUGAAGGCUAUUCGUAAUCUGUUGAUUUAUAUAUUUUCCACCUAUCUCCUGGUUAUGUUUGGAUAUACCGGUGCCCAAGAUUUCUGGUGUUCCACACUGGUUAAGGGAGUUAUUUAUGGAUCUUACUCUGUGAAUGAAAUGUUUCCGAAGAACUUCACAAAUUGUACUUGGACGUUGGAAAACCCAGAUCCUACCAAAUACAGUAUCUACCUUAAACUUUACAAACGUGAGUUAAGCUGCUCUGAAUUCUCUCUUUUGGUUUACCAGUUUGAUCAUUUCUCUCACGAGAAGAUCAAUGAACUAUUAAAGAACAAUGAAUCCAUUGUGUACCUAUGUGACGCGAAGAAUAUUUAUGUAUUUUUGCAUUAUGACAAAAAUUUCAUCCAGCUCCGCCGGGUGUUCCCUUAUGAUUACAACGGAUUGGCUACAAAGAAAACGGAGGAAGAAGAGAAGUCUGUGGUGGAGUUUGUGGUUUUAAACAAGGCGAGCCCAAGUCAGUUUGGAUGUCAGGUAUUAUGCACGUGGUUGGAAAACUGCUUGAAGGGAGAGAAAGGGACUGUGGAGUCGUGUGGAAUUGUGUACUCCAAAUGCACUUGCCCACAGCACUUGGGAGAUGGCGAGUCUGAGAGCGUGUUAAUGCUCAACAACGUGGUGUUGCCUUUAAACCCGCAAACCGAGGCAUGCUUAACGCCGCAGAUGCGCACGGCCCAGGCAUGCAACCUGAGUGCGGAGGUGAAACGGCCAUCCAAGGAGGAAUUUGGAAUGAUCGGAGAGCAUACUGUAAAAAGCCAACGGCCAAGAUCAGUUCAUGACACAAAGGGUCGACAGGAGCAAGAUGAGUCUGCUAAAUUUAUGGCACAAACUGGUGACCCAGGUGCUGAGGAGUGGUCCCAGUGGAGCUCUUGCUCAGUUACAUGCGGUCAAGGGUCGCAGGUGCGAACAAGAACAUGUGUCUCACCUUACGGAACGCACUGCAGCGGCCCUUUAAGAGAAUCAAGGGUUUGCAAUAACACUGCCCCCUGUCCAGUGCAUGGCGUUUGGGAGGAGUGGUCUCCCUGGAGUCUGUGCUCCUUCACCUGUGGGCGCGGCCACCGCACCCGGACCCGCGUGUGCACCCAGCCACAGCACGGCGGCCGGGCAUGCGACGGGCCCGAGACCCAGAGCAAGCUGUGCAACAUCGCCCUCUGCCCAGUGGACGGCCAGUGGCAGGAGUGGAGUGCGUGGAGCGACUGCUCGGUGACGUGCGCCAACGGCACGCAGCAGCGGAAGAGGCAGUGCUCGGCCGCCGCCCACGGCGGCUCCGAGUGCCGCGGGCACUGGGCGGAGAGCCGCGAGUGCCACAACCCCGAGUGCACAGCAAACGGGCAGUGGAACCCGUGGGGCCCGUGGAGCGGCUGCUCGAAGUCAUGCGACGGCGGCUGGCAGCGGCGCGCUCGCGUGUGCCAGGGCCUGGCCACCACCGGGCAACAGUGCGACGGCACCGCCGAGGAGGUGCGCAAGUGCAGCGAGCAGCGUUGCCCAGCUCCGUACGAGAUUUGUCCCGAGGACUACGCCGUGUCCAUGCUGUGGAGGAGAACACCGUCUGGGGAGCUGGCCUUCAACAGGUGCCCACCCAAUGCCACAGGCACCACUAGUCGACGCUGCUCUCUGGAUCACCGCGGGGUUGCCUACUGGGAGCGGCCGAGCUACGCUCGGUGCAUCGCAAAUGAAUACAGAUACUUACAGCAAUCAGUCCAGGGGCACCUUGCCAAGGGCCAGAGGAACCUGGCAGGAGAUGGCAUGUCCCAGGUCACCAAAGUCCUGCUGGAUCUCACCCAGAGGCGCAACUUCUACGCCGGCGACCUGCUGUCCUCCGUGGAAAUCCUGCGCAACGUCACAGACACGUUUAAGAGGGCCAGCUACGAGCCGUCCUCCGACGACGUGCAGAACUUCUUUCAGAUCAUCAGUAAUCUCCUGGAGGAAGAGAACCGAGACGAAUGGGAAGACGCCCAGCAGAUCUACCCCGGUUCAGUGGAGCUGAUGCAGGUCAUUGAGGAGUUCAUUCACAUUGUUGGCUUGGGUAUGAAGGAUUUCCACAACGCCUACCUGAUGACCGGAAACCUGGUGGCCAGCAUCCAGAGGCUCCCUGCCGUGUCGGUGAUGACUGACAUUAACUUCCCCAUGAAGGGCCGCAAGGGUAUGGUGGACUGGGCGAGGAACUCAGAGGACAAAGUGGUCAUCCCCAAAGGUGUCUUCGUCCCCCAAAACGCAGAUAUGGAUGGCUCGCCUGUGUUUAUUCUCGGGACCGUCUUCUACAAGACACUGGGACUUAUCCUACCUGGCCCAAGGAACAACACGGCCGUAAACUCCAAGGUCAUCGCCGUGACGGUGAGACCUGAGCCUAGAGUCACGGAGGCGCAGCUGGAGAUCGAACUGGCCCACCUGGCCAAUGGUACAAUGAACCCAUUUUGCGUGCUCUGGGACAGCUCCAUCAUGAACGAUUCUUGGGGAACCUGGUCCUCCAAAGAAUGUAAAACCGUGCUUACCGAUGCAUCCCAUACAAAAUGCUUAUGUGAUCGCGUAUCUACCUUCGCCAUUUUGGCUCAACAACCUAGAGAAAUAACUAUGGAGUACUCAGGGGUUCCAUCGGUGACACUGAUCGUUGGCUGUGGCCUCUCCUGCCUAGCUUUGAUCACCCUGGCGGUGGUGUACGCUAUACUAUGGAGGUACAUACGUUCUGAGAGGUCGAUCAUUCUGAUCAACUUCUGCCUUUCAAUCAUCUGCUCCAACAUCCUGAUCCUGGUGGGGCAGACGCAGACCCAUAACGCGGGCGUGUGCACGAUGACGACGGCGUUCCUGCACUUUUUUUUCCUGGCAUCGUUCUGCUGGGUCCUGACCGAGGCGUGGCAGUCGUACAUGGCUGUCACAGGGAAGGUGCGCACCAGGCUGAUCCGCAAACGCUUUCUUUGCCUGGGAUGGGGUUUGCCAGCCUUGGUGGUCGCCAUUUCAAUGGGAUUCACGAAAGCGAAGGGCUACGGAACGCCCCAGUACUGCUGGCUGUCCCUGGAGGGAGGACUACUGUACGCCUUCGUCGGACCCGCCGCCGCCGUGGUGCUCGUUAACAUGGUGAUUGGAAUUCUGGUGUUCAACAAGCUGGUUUCCAGAGACGGGAUCCUAGACAAGAAAUUGAAGCAUAGAGCAGGGCAGAUGAGCGAGCCGCAUACAGGACUCACUCUCAAGUGUGCCAAAUGCGGCGUCGUCUCCACAACCGCCCUGUCGGCGACCACGGCCAGCAACGCCAUGGCCUCACUGUGGAGCUCCUGCGUGGUACUUCCCCUCCUGGCGCUCACCUGGAUGUCAGCCGUGCUGGCCAUGACGGACAAGCGUUCCAUCCUGUUCCAGAUCCUGUUCGCGGUCUUCGACUCGCUCCAAGGCUUCGUCAUCGUCAUGGUGCACUGCAUCCUGCGCCGCGAGGUCCAAGAUGCCUUCAGAUGUCGACUGAGAAACUGUCAAGACCCCAUCAGUGCUGAUGCCACCGGCACAUUCCCCAACGGACACGCGCAGAUUAUGACGGACUUUGAAAAAGACGUGGACAUCGCCUGUCGAUCAGCUCUCCACAAAGAUAUGGGGUCAUGUCGUGCUGCCACCAUCACUGGCACGCUCUCGCGCAUCUCCCUCAACGACGACGAGGAAGACAAGGGCCCCGAGGGCCUCAACUACUCCACCCUGCCCGGCAACAUCAUCUCCAAGGUGAUCAUCCAGCAGCCAUCUGGCCUGCACAUGCCCAUGGGCGUGGGCGACCUGGGCGAGGGUCGCCUCGGCGACAGCGCAGGCGACUUGCGGCGUCCCGUCUACCUGUGCACGGACGACGCCAUCCGGCAGGGUGAGCAGGAGCUCAGCGGGCACCAGCCGCAGGGCGCCAUGGACACGGACUACAUUGUGAUGCCGCGCGGCUCGGGCGUGGCGCCGGCCGUCGGCCAGGGGGGCAUGGCCGGCCUGCUGAAGGAGGACAGCAAGAUGAAUAUCGGCGUGGACACGCUGCCCCACGAGAGGCUGCUGCACUACAAGGUGGGCCCGGAGUUCGGCCUCGGGCCGUCGGCGAUGGAGCACAUGGGCGUGGGCAUGGAGCCGCAGUUCGGCGGCACCGCCGAGCACAUGCAGAACCUGCCGUUCGAACCACGCACCGCCGUCAAGAACUUCCUGGCUGAGAUGGACGAGAGUGGGGGGCUGUCGCGGAGCGAGACCGGUUCCACUACCUCCAUGAGCUCUCUAGAGAGGAGAAAGUCACGGUACCAGGACCUCGACUUCGAGAAAGUCAUGCACACCAGGAAAAGACACAUGGAGCUGUUCCAGGAACUGAAUCAGAAAUUUCAAACCCUGGACCGAUUUCGAGACAUACCAAAUAUGGGCAGCAUGGACAAGGCCAUGCCCAACAAGAACCCCUGGGAGAGCUACAACCCAGCCUGCGAAUACCAGAACUACGCCGCUAUGAAUGUACUGGAGUCGGAUCCGAAGGACACGCUGGAGAUGACCCCCGCCGAGUGGGAGAAGUGCGUGAACCUCCCGCUGGACGUGCAGGAGGGCGACUUCCAAACGGAGGUCUAAAUCUGUUG